AUGGCUGAUACUAUUCAAGUCCCGCCCAAUGACCCCCAAAACCCACGAUGGCUUCUCGACCUAGAAGAAUGGAAGGUCAAGCCCUUCACUGAAGUCCCCAGAGGCACUCUCGAAAGGGAGGGCUACGGUAUUGUGUCCUACACCUGGGGGUACAUCGCUGAUUAUGAGAAUCUCCCUACGGACAUUCCCGAUGGAAUCUCAUGGGACGUGCCAGGUACAAGGCGAUGGCCCCUCUCCGAAGCAAGAAGGAUCAUGGGUAGGAUCGGGACCCGGUAUGUCUGGUGGGAUUGGAUGUGUGUCCCACAAGGAAAUAAAGGCCGUAUGAGACCAUUGAGCCCUCAGCUGCAGGCUGUCCAGGGCGAGGAGAUUGGAAAGCAGAUGCACAUCUACCGCAAGGCAAAGAACAGCAUUGUCUGGCUGCACACAACAUUCUGGCAGGAUGAAUCAGCGCUCAAGGCCCUGCUUUUGUCCAGACCGCGGGACGGAAACCCAGCGCCUACGACCGCGGUGGAAUAUCUCGACCAGGUGAGGAGACAGCUUGUGGCAGCCCAGGAUGGAGAAUGGUGGCUACGAUCGGGCUGGACACUGCAGGAGGGAGUCCUGCUCGGCCCGACACACCUGGUGGAUGUCAAUGGCGAGAAACUUGAAGACGACCGGUUCCUCUACGGAGGUUGUGCUAGUGUGCUCGACAUCACAAUCCGCAUCACCCGUCUAGCGGUCGAUUUGGCUCAGGCCUUCGUCAUCCAGGCCGAAGGCCAGGAAGCAGACGGGAGCACUCCCAGGGGUCAGCUAGCAGAGGCUCUGGCUAACCCAAACUCGGCGCGAGCGCUACGCCAGUCGCUCAAGUCGCUGAUCAACUCGGGGCUUGUGGGCUACACCGAAUACUCACCGCUGUAUAUUCUCGCCGGCAAGCAAAGUCGUACCUUUGGAGUGUCCCAGGAUGCGUGCUGGGCGCUACUGGGCGCAAUGGGACUGGAUGGAGUCAAGGUAGACUACAACGUUCCCAUGGAGGAGAUCAAGAGGGUGUUCCUGACGGCGCUGAUUAAGCGAUACCAAUGGACCAUGCUGCUACUACCGCUGCCGGAGUUCCAGGUCAAAGAGUUGCGCGGACAGGAGGUGUACAUGAGAGACUUCGCAUGGACAGACAUCGUCGACGGGGUUCUGCUGCCCAUUGGAGUUUGCGUCGACACGCUAAUCCGACCCAAGAGUCCGCCCACCAACCCAACACCGCCACGAGACCCCGAAAAGGAUCCGGAAGAGAAGCUGCGGCGGAGUCUACCGACUCUCACGUAUACAGACACGCUUCGAAUCAAGCCGCGCGAGGAUGGAGGCGGAACGUUGGUCGUCUACAGCGGAGAGAAGCAGGACGAUGUGUGGUUCCGUCACUAUUGCCAGAACUCGGACGGUUUGCGCAUCGUGACUCCACGGGUUGCCGGACCGGAGGAUGAAGAUCGGAUCCACGGGGCGUGGUUUCUUCCCCUGGAGGACCUAGACGUGCGAAACAAAGUCCAAGGGAAGCGAUGUCUUGUCUUGUUCCGGUUUAACAGCAAGCCACCGGAUGCUCAGCCUGCGUACGGGGAUUUCGGCGGCAUUUGCGAUAUCUGGGGGAUUGGAUCCAACAAGGUGGACGUUCAUGAGAUUAUGGUCAAUCCCGGGCUGUGA